AUGAGCGGAUUUAGGUUCCUCAAUCUCGUCCGGCCAUUUCUUCCGAUUCUACCAGAGGUAGCAUCUCCCGACCGUAAAGUUCCAUUCCAGCAAAAGAUAUUAUGGACGGCCGUCACGCUACUCAUCUUCCUGGUCUGCUCGCAGGUGCCGCUAUAUGGCAUUAUGUCGUCCGACUCCUCUGACCCGCUCUACUGGAUGCGGGUCAUCCUCGCCUCCAACCGUGGAACGCUAAUGGAACUCGGUAUCACCCCCAUUAUCACCUCUGGCAUGAUCAUGCAAUUACUGGCUGGCGCAAACCUCGUCGACGUGGAUUUUAGCUUGAAGGAGGACCGUGCCUUGUUCGGUGGUGCCCAGAAACUCUUCGCGCUCAUCAUUGCCCUCGGUCAGGGUAUCGUUUAUGUUGUGUCUGGUCUCUAUGGCCAGCCGAGCGAGCUUGGUGCCGGUGUUUGCCUUCUCCUCAUCGUUCAACUUGUUGCGGCUGCCAUGAUUGUGGUUCUUCUCGACGAACUCCUCCAGAAAGGAUACGGUCUCGGUUCUGGCAUUUCGCUGUUCAUUGCAACCAACAUUUGCGAGUCGAUUGUCUGGAAAGCGUUCUCCCCCACAACUGUCAACACUGGUCGCGGCCCUGAAUUCGAGGGAGCCAUUGUUGCCCUUUUCCAUCUCCUCUUCACCUGGAACGACAAAGGCCGUGCGCUCCGCGAGGCUUUCUGGCGCGACCGUCUCCCCAACGUUAUGAACCUUGUUGCCACAGCAGUCAUCUUCGGCAUCGUCAUUUAUCUUCAGGGCUUCCGCAUCGAAAUUCCUGUAAAAAGCAACCGAUUCCGUGGCCAGCGCGGGUCCUACCCCAUCAAGCUCUUCUAUACCUCCAACAUGCCCAUCAUGCUGGAGUCGGCUCUUACAUCCCAACGUUUUCAUUCUCUCCCAAAUGCUCGCGUCGCGCUAUCCCAGCAACCUCUUGUUGCUACUUCUGGUAUCGCGUAUUACAUGUCGCCGCCCCACACAAUGAAAGAAGCCCUCGUUGACCCAAUUCAUACGGUCAUAUACAUCGCCUUCAUGCUUUCUGCCUGCGCACUCUUCUCCAAGACUUGGAUUGAAGUUUCGGGUUCCGGCCCUCGCGACAUUGCCAAGCAGUUGAAAGAUCAGCAAAUGGUUAUGGCUGGGCAUCGUGAAGGCUCAAUGUAUAAGGAACUCAAGCGGGUUAUACCGACUGCUGCCGCCCUUGGUGGUGCUAUUCUCGGACUUCUCUCCGUCGUCGCCGAUCUUAUGGGCGCCAUUGGCAGCGGAACCGGUAUCCUCAUGGCCGUAACCACCAUCUACAGCUACUGGGAAAUCGGCAUCAGGGAGUCUGGUGGGCCGGAGAUGGCUGCGUUUGGCGAUCUGUUGUAG